AUGCCACAUAUUCCUAUCGAAAGAAUUCUCGAAGCUGAAGAGAGCGAGCGUCAGUGGAAAGAGCAGAUCGAAAGGUUACUACUGGAAGGUGCAGAGAAGCUCGAAAAGCCACCAGUAUUUCGUCGUGGACGGAAGUACGUUAAUCACCUUUACGAAUCUGAUUCUUCGGAUGAAGACAAUGACGAUGAUGGCGAACAGAUAGAGGAGGAAAGAAAAGGGAACUCGGAGGUUCCAAUGGAUAAAACAGUAUCUGAAGAAGAAGGAAAAUACAGACGUGAAUUUGAAUUGAGGAAACUUAUAUGCAAAAAACAAAAACAAGAAAUUGAUGUGCGGGAAGAUUUUAAUAUAGCAGUUGAUGUACCACCAUCACCGCACUUUAGUGCCACUAUUUUGGAAACUUCAAGCCUGUUAUCGCAGAAUACCUCCAUAGUAAUGGAACUUUGUCAGAACGAUACUUCUUUUAUGGAUUGUAUAACAGAAACUGCUGAAGAAAAUUCUUCCAGAGCAAAUUCUGACGAUAUAAAAAAAGAUUUUUCAAAUGAGAAAUUUUCGUCUGAUGGUGAGAAAGAAUUAUUGGUGAAAGAAUCGAAACAAAGCUCAAUGAGAGAUAAAUUUGGUCUAUCUACAGUAGUGAGUUUAUGCGAUGAGACUAUGCAGAUUAAUGGUGGACAAAAAGAAUUAUCGAUAAAGCAAUCGCCGGAGAAUUUUUUCCACGAUGAUAAGAACUCAGAUACCCCAAAAAUUAUCCCAGAUUUUGGCGAUGUUUCGAUGGAGGUUCCUUCUUUAAUGGAGAAUUCUUUAAAUAAGACUGUGCAAAUUGAUGAAAAACAUUCUGAAUUCGAAGAACUUUGUUGCAAAUUAACCAAAAUAAAUUUUCCUUUUUCAAAUCUACAUUUCAUGGCUGGAAAUAAUACUACGAAAAUCUUAAAAAACAAGGCUUCAGUUUCAUCUGAAUGUAACCAAGAAUAUAAUAUACCUGAUAACAGAAAUGUUAUUUUUGAUAAGGACAACCAAAAUUGGAAAAAGAAAAAAGGAGAGCCUUUAAUAUCUUUCAAAACGCCAAGAAAAUCGUGUAUAAUGAUACCAAAAUUGCUUCAUAAUGGAUCUAACAAAAACACUCCGAUAUUUACCAGAAAAUCGAUAUAUAAUCGAGAACAGUCUAGUCCUAAUGAACAACAUAUUUGCUCUCGAUAUGCUGCACAUCAUGCUUCAUUUGCUUCUCAACAAUUUGCUAAGGCGAAAAGUAUACAAGAUAUGGAAAAAAGCACUCCUACCGGAUAUCAGAAAUUGGUAUCCAAGAUUCCUUUGUUAUGUUCAAAAAUAAAUGCGCAAAAGGAACCAACUAAAACGACGGAAAAACUGGCAACUGGCGGCAAAAAAAUUAGCUGUAAAUCGCCAUCGCUACCGAAUGGAAGUAGUAUUACUCGGAAAUCACAAGCUUUGAAAAACAUCAUUGAUUAUAAUUCUUCAUAUGAAAAGGUUCUUAUGAAUUUAUUGAAAUUUAUUCUUGAAAUUGUUCCUGAAAUAACUGAAAUGUUGUAUAUUUCAUUAGAAUCAAGUCAUCUAAUUUUUGCGACAGAUGAAUCAGGCAGGUCUCCGCUUAUGGAGCGAUUUAAUAUUACUAAUACUGGCCAACCAAACGUGUCUUCAUUAGUGGGAACUCCACCGGUAAAAUCGUGCCAUUCAAAACCACAGUUGCCAAUGACAUUUUAUGCGUAUAAACAUUUACAAAAUGGUGGCACUCCUUGGAGUAACAAAAAGAUUCAGAAAAAUUUAUCUCAUACUUCAUUGUCAGAAAAUCCGCUCCACUCUGAAAUAAAUCUAGAAGUACCCUCAGUGAUUCCAGUUAAAGAUGAAAAAACUGACGAAAAAACUUUUGAAUCGGUUGAUACACCAACAUUUAUUGCUGAGAGUAAAAAAGCUAACAGUUCAACGGUUGAGUCAAUCACAUUAUUUACUCCAAUCCGUCCAGCUAACGAUAUAAGUCACUUGGUAUUUGAUGGUACUCCCUCUAGCGGAUUAACAGAAAAGCACAAUUUAAGCAGAAAAAAGAAAAUUCUAUUGCCGAGAAAAUUGUGUGAGAAAUCUGAACAACAGCCUGAUACGACUGCAGUUUCGAACAAACCGUCAAAGAUACUUGUGGUAUUAACAUAUAAUUUUACAGUGUUAGGUGAUUCUUUGCAAGCAACCGAUUCUUCUGAAGUUUUGCCAGAAGCUAUAUGCUCGUCAUCCCUCAAUGAAUCAGGCGAUGGAUUAUCGAAUGUUCACGUGGUUGCUAGUAGUAAAAAAAAACCUGUCAUUGCUCGGCUUAUUCCCCCCAAAAUUGGUAUUGUACACCCAGCAAGUACAGAAGAAUCAGGUUUGCGGAGAUCUAAUCGAAAUCGUGUAAGGCGAUUAAGACAUUGGCUUGGUGAAGAACCGGUAUAUCGACGCGAUGAGCAAGGAAAUCUCGAGCUAGUAGGUGUCACAGACGUCGAAAUAACUGAUCCACUUUGUGUGAGAACCAAUACUAUUGAUGCAGCACUCGCUCUAGAACGAGAAAAAAAGGCUACAAUGCGAAGAAACCGACUUCGUCAAGAACGGAAGACUCGCAAAAUGCAACGUAUUAAAGAAUUAAAAGCGAGACAUCGUAUGGGCUUGGAUCUAGAUAAAAGCAUAUUCGACAUCAUAUCCGAAUCGAAUGAUCCGAAUGAAAUAACUAAUUGA